GUAGCCUGGUGGAUUUCUCUCUCUCACACACACACACACACACACCCCUCCUCCCGGAUCCACCCUCCCAUCCUGGAGUCUCCAUCCACCGCUGCUCACUGCAUCGCCAGGAUUCACCAACAAGCUUUCAAUGCAACAUUAACUACUAGAUUUAUUUAUUUUUCUGUUCGUUCAACAUAAUGUUUGACUGCCUGUGAUUUUUACUUUUAUUUUUGGGGGUGAAUUUCGCUCCCCACGAUGCCAAAUCCAGGGACAACCCGGCUGUAACGACAAGGCGCUGCAAUAAAACGGUUUAACUACAGACAGCACAAACAGGAUUGGACCAGAAUCAGAGGCUCAGCUUUGGCGUCGUCAUGGCCGUUAACACAAAUCCACUUCCUGCCGUUUGGCCAGGCGAAGAACAGCCGUCGCUCAUGGAUCACGACGACCCCGAUUCCAGUCAGGCUGCCGUCAUCCCCAUGCCGUGCAGCUCACCGGGGGGCGAAGAGCUGCUGCACAGCUGCAGCAGCCUGACCGACACCAGGCCGCCCCGCAGCAAGUCCAAAGGAGAACUGGUGAUCGUCAUCAACGAGAAACUGAAGAACGGUAACGGGAUCCACCCCGGCCCCGCAGAGAGCACCUCACCGGUGAUUUCCUCCCCUCCCAGGAGGCAGCACUCCAUCUCCUACCCUCACCACGCCAAAACCAGGAAGGGCAGCCGGGCGGGCUCCAUCAGCUACACCGCCUUCUCGCCCCGGCCGUCGCUGUCCCGGCACUCCAGCAUCGCCACUAACCCUCCUCUGGACCGAACCAAGGUCAAAGACUACCUCCUGCUGUCUGUGCUGGCCUGCUUCUGCCCCGUCUGGCCCAUCAACAUUGUCGGCUUCGUCUACUCCAUCAUGUCGAAGAACAGCCUGGAGCAGGGGAACCUGGACGGCGCCGUGCGUCUGGGUCGCGUGGCCAAGAUGCUGUCCAUGGUGUCUCUAGUAGGAGGGACGGUCAUUAUCAUCGCCUGCAUUGUCAACCUGGCCAUAAAUGUGAAAACCUGAGUUUCAUCCCAGGAUGAAACCGGAUAAGGGAAGAGAACGUCUGGCCCUCACCUGCCCCACCGCCCAGUCAUUACCCGGAUGUGUGACAAACUCCUGAUUCACAGCGCUUUACUUAGAUUCCUGUAAUCUCUAUUCAACCCCCGUAAUUGUUGGAAGAAAUGAGAAUAAUCCGAAAUGCUGCUGCUUUCCGUGUCGAGUCGGAGGGCAGAAAAUGACUUUUAAGCUCAACUUGUGACUAAAAACAGGGAAGUGUUUACUGGCUACAGCAUCAAUCGCGACAAAAUGGCUGCCGAGUCCGCCCUCCUUCUGCACCAGCUUGCCUGUUCAAUCCCCUCAAACACGGAAGAAGCUGCUGGAUUUACAAUGCAGUGGAAGAAACACUUUGAGCCACACUGCUUCUUUUUUGUUUCAGACUGAACUCUGUGACUUUCAUCACUUCAAAACGCCCAACACGUUGCGUUUGAGCCCCAGCAUUUUCAGUGGUAAAAGCGGAUGAAAGAGAGAAGGGAAGGGUUUAACUCGGACUAGGAUUAUGGAAAAUCUCGCACAGAAGGCACGCUCCAAGGAAAAUACGUGCCAAAUGAAAAAGAAAUUCAGUGGGGAAGCCGCUUGCUUUCUCUCCUGACGGGAACAUGAAAUGUGUUUUUACUCUACGCCACUGUGAGCUGGGAGCGAAACGCAGCCGCAGCAAAAUCCAGUCCGGUCCAACCGUCUGUCAGCUCACCUUUUUUAUAAAGUUUGUAAACAAUCCUUUUCAGACUGAAUCGUGACGCCGUUGAUGAACGCUGAACUGUGUUUUAGGAGCUGCGUUUCCAUCGCAAAUGUCCGUCAAGCUUUUUCAAUAUUCUGAUGUUAAAAAAAACAAAACACAAUUUUGCAAUUGUGGUGUUUCUAUUAAAUAAGAAACGUAAUUUAAAUCACCUCUGAAUGAGUUUGUUCAUGCAUAAGUCAUUAAAAACCUGCUGCAAUGCCGUCCUCCUUCCACUUCCUGUCGUCGUCUUCUUUGUGGUUUGCGCCAGUGUCAACAUCCUGUUGUUGAUCAAGAGGCUCGUGUGACGAAAAUAAAGUUUCAGCUUUUUUGAAAAUUCAUUUGAUGCAGACAAAAAAAACAAAACACCUUUUGAAAAAUUAGGUUUUUUGUAAUUAACAUUCAAAUGAUGUUAAUUUUUUUAAUGCCAACAUCCAGUAAGGACAUUUAAAUUUGUGUUUUUGAUCAAAUGUUUUGCUGCUAUUAUUUUUUUUAUUAAAAUUUGGUUUAAUUAACAAAACUGCAACAAAAACUCUUUCGCAUCACAUAAGUCACGAGACAACAGGAAAUGGGAGGAAGAUUUGGGUGCUGCAUGUUUUUUAAUGACUUAUUGUGAAUAAUACUUACAUACCUGUUAUUUGAAUUGUGUUUUUAUUUAAUGGAAACACCACAAUGGUAGUUAUUUUCCAACAUUAGCAGAAUAUUGGCAAAAUUUUGCACACAUUUGUAAUGGAAAUCGUUAACUGUUUGGUUAACAACACAAAAUCUUACCAAGUAUUUUCGGUCUAGUUUAUCGUGCAAACAUUUGAAAUGACAUAACUGAUAUAUGUGAAUAAUUAGUUAAUACUGAUGAAAAAGCCCAACACCACUGGCAGAUUAUUUCACUACAACUUGUAAAGUGUUUUGGUUUGUGUGAAAUAAUCUACCAGUGGAAUUAGUAAUUGUUUUUAUCAAUAUUAAGGAUUUAUUGACUUAAAACAAGCUCCUGUAUCUUGCUGAAAAGUUACUUGUGAGUUAGUUUUGUUUUAUUUCAAGUAUACUAAGUGUUUGCACUAGAAACUAUGUAGAAAAUACUCUGUAAGGUUUUGUAUUUUUGCAGUUUUGUCGCCAGAGAUGCAGCUGUAACUUCAGUUUCUAUCCACAGGUGCUUUAAAAUCAGACCUAAUGUAGCAUUUUCCUUCUUUAAUAAACUCCCUUAUGGCUGAUUUUCUUUUUUUAUUAUUACCCUGGAUGUGUUGCUUUUACGUGUAUAGCCCUCCUUUUAAAGGCUAAUUUGUAAAAUGUUUGUUCAGAAAUGUUUCUGUGAGUGAAAACUUUAGCUGUACAACCUUUUUUGCCAUAUUUAUGUUUUUAAUUGACCUCUAACCUUUAUCUACCUGUAAUUCCUCACUGUGAUACCAACAACUGGGUUUUAUUAACACCAGGCUUUUUUUCUUUUGCUGUGUACUAAAUUUUAUGUACUAUUAAUAUUUUCUGUCUUAUAUUGUAAGUUUAAUUGUAAUCAACUGUAUGUAUUCUGUAGAUAUAAAUCUAAAUAGCGUGAUAUUAAAUGAGUUAGCAUUGUGUAGCCGGCCUGCUGGAAGUCAUUGUCUUCCCAGCAGGCUUCUAUAAUCUUUGUGGCUAUUAGCAUGUUAUGGAUUUUUAUUCAUGUAUGAUGAUGGUAACCUACAGAGAAAAGCUGACACCUGGAAUAUUAUACUUCUGCAACACGUUCAUAAUAAAGACACAAUGCAUGUGA